AGUAGUGCAGGAGUUUGCAACCCAGGUGGGUGGGUGCCAGAAAACUCCUGGGAGGGCCAAGUUCGAAAGUAUUGCUGCAGGCGGCAUCAAACAGCGGCCAUCUUCUUACUUUUUUCCCCGGCGAGCGGCGACAAGAAGAUUAUAUUUCUUCUGACGAGGUUCCGUUGUCUGGCGAAGGCGCUCGGGCUGCACGCGCGUCAACGGGUAUUUGCUGACCACCCUCUCCGCUCUCUUUUUGGGCGUCCGCGACACGCCAAUGCCGAAGGCUUCGAAGAGAAGGACGAGGUGGAGUCAGGCCUCGGUCGAGGGGCGGGCGCCUGCGUUUCCGGGCCCCAUCUGGGGACUCACGAUUCUGGGGUCCCUUUCCCUGAAUCUGGUCACCAUCGCCCUCCUCGCCUCGCUGUAUGAGGGUCACGGACUUCUGGGUUGCGAGGCCGGAAGCAGCGGCUUUGUUGCGGAACCGGAGAAGGCGGUGCUCAUAGCGCCGCCGCAGUCGUCAGCGGAGGAGGUGGAGAUGGUGUCUGCUGAGGAGAUUAGCGUUAGCUCCACCGCCGGCUCCCGCCCCACCUCGAAGGACGCCAUCAUUAACCUCGACCAUGGAGACCCGACGGUUUACGAGGCCUUCUGGAAGAGGAUUGGGGAGAGGGGAGACAUCGUCUUCCCUGGGUGGCAGAGCAUGAGCUACUUCUCCGACGCCUCCAACUUGUGCUGGUUCCUGGAACCAGAGUUCGCGCACCAGGUGCGGCGACUCCACAGCCUCGUGGGCAACGCUGUCGUCGACGACGGUCGUUUCAUCAUCGUCGGGACGGGCUCGACUCAGCUCUUUCAGGCUGCUCUGUAUGCUCUAUCCCCACCCGAUGCAGCUGAGCCAAUGAACGUCGUAUCUGCAAUUCCAUACUACUCAUCAUAUCCAACAGUCACAGACUACCUUCGGUCAGGGCUUUACCGGUGGGCUGGGGAUGCAUCCACUUUCGAAGGUGAUGCGUACAUAGAGUUCGUUUGCUCUCCGAAUAACCCAGAUGGUUCAAUUAGAGAAGCAGUCCUGAGUUCCAAGAACGGGAAGACGAUCCAUGACCUUGCAUACUACUGGCCUCAGUACACCCCCAUAACUGGUGCCGCAGACCAUGACAUUAUGCUGUUCACUGUCUCAAAGAGCACUGGCCAUGCCGGAGCUCGACUGGGGUGGGCUCUGGUGAAGGACAAGGAUGUCGCCAAGAGGAUGACCAAGUUCAUAGAGCUCAACACUAUUGGAGUGUCCAAGGACUCGCAGCUACGGGUAGCUAAGAUCCUUAAAGUGGUCUCGGAUGGGCAUGAGCUUCCAGGGAACAAGCACAGGCUGUUCGAGUACGGACGAAGACUCAUGUCCGUGAGGUGGCGGAAGCUGCGAGCAGCAGUGAAGGCGUCGGGCAUCUUCAGUUUACCUGAGUUCCAGUCAUCUCUCUGCAGGUUCACUGGGGAGGAGACUGAAACCUAUCCUGCUUUUGCAUGGCUCAAAUGCGAGAAAGAGGGAGUGGAAGACUGUGAGAGCUUCUUGAGGAACCACAAGCUUCUCACCCGGAGCGGCAGACAUUUUGGCGUGGAGGCGAAGUACGUGCGGAUAAGCUUGUUGGAUCGAGAUGAGACGUUCGACCUCUUCAUCCAGCGGCUUUUGUCUCUUCGUUGAGGCGUCAUCUUUCCUGUGUGUCUGAAACUUCGACAGGGGCUUGAAGACCUCUGUGCAAUCUAACAGUUCUGUCUACUUCUCUCCACCUUUUGUAUCUUUCGUUUGAGAUAAUAAAUUUUCUUUCUCUUU